AUGACCAGCUCUGUGUCAUCCACCAACAAUCCCGCCAACGCCGCGCAUACUGCCAACGCCGCUUCAUCGUCCGGUUCAGGUACGACGUCGCCUCUGGCCGCCCUGCCGGCACAGCCCAGCGCUCGCUCAUACGCGAACGCGACCAAGAAGCCUUUUUCGCCGCCUGCGAUUGCGUCCAGUACUCCUCCGGUGGCCGUGGGGAACCCAGCGCAAGCUCAACAUGGAAAGGUGGAGUCCGCUUCGCCCGUGAACGGCAGAAAUUCUAUCCAGCCAGCGGUUCCCAACAUGGCUGCGCCAGCCAUUGCGAACGGCGCGCCAGCUCAAAGCGAUCAUAGCAGGAAGCCAUCAUCGCUCACAAUCAGCGCAUCGGGCACGAGUGGCUAUAUGCCUAACGGAGGACCUGUCGGUCCAAGCAGCAGGCCCAACAUCAACUUCGGCUUCAUGAACGCUGGAGGCUCACCCGCGGUCGCCCACAGCGUUCCGCAUCAUCCUCAAAGCUCAUCCCUCGCCACUCCGAUGAGCAACCCACGGAUUACCUCUCCAGCGACAUCCCCUUCACCUAUCCCACAGCCACAAGCGAGUGGAGGGCGGCCGCCAUCCGGGCUACACAACUCUGGAAAUGGAUUGAGCUUUGGCAGCAUGAGUGGCGAUAGCAGUGAUCACAGCGUUCGGCCAACAAUGCCUCAAGGCCCUAGCUCACAGCCCCAACACCUGCGCCGCGAAUCUUCCCAGUCGACACAGAGCGACUUGAGCACGCCUGGUAUGAACAUGAACCGCGGCGGUCCGCCGAACGGUGGGCGUGCACGGGGAGGCUACGGCGCAGGCUUCGUGCCUCCUACAGCGCACUCUCCUGCCUCGGGCUUCCGCCAAAUGUCCAACCCACGACCUGGCGGGCCGAAUGUACCGCCCCAGUUCCAGAACCAGACCCCGAUGGGCCACCCGAACUCGCCCUACCGAGCUACACGGAGCCCUGCCCUGCCUCCGGCCGCUCUACACCAGCAAGCUCACCUUGCGAAUGCGCCCAUGUACGGCGGAUACCCACAGCACUUGCAAGCACAACAACCAGGCCCCUAUGGCAUGCCACAAGGGUACGAUCCUGGCUAUGCCGCGUACUUCAAUAUGCAGGCUGGAGUGCAUCCCAACAUGUAUUACCAGGGUGCACCGCCCAGUCCUCGUCCGUUUGCCCACACCCCUCACGGUGCUCAACAGCAGUACAUGCAAGGUCAGUAUGGCGGUGCACCUAACGCACAGGGCAUGUCUCGCACGUCCUCCCAGGUCUCCGAACGACCUAGCUCAACCCUCGGUCAGCCGCAGACGCCGGCGAUGUCAGCAGUCAGCCAUGUCUCUCCAACGCCCAACCCGACCGCUGCCAGUCCUGCACCAAAUGCCAACUUCACUCUCCCGAACAAGUCCAAGACGAAGGUUAGAAUUCAGCGCCCCGACGGCCAGGAUGUAACCUUCGACAAGACAGCGCCCUCUUCCGCACCUGCUCCGUCGAGAUCCCCUGUCGUCGUCUCUUCAACCCCAACCCCGCCUCCACGUGCACCAAGCUCAACCGAGCCUUUGCAUGCUCGCUCUGAGAGCAAAUCUCAAAUGACCGACGCUGAGAAGAAAGCAGCUUUCCAAGAACAAGUCAGGAAGCAACUGGAAGCCGAGAAAGCGGAAGAAAAGCGCAAGGCAGACGAAGAAGAGCAGAAGAUUGCCAAAGAGAAGGCAGACGCAGAAGCGCAGGCCGCUAAAGAGAAGGAGGAAGCUGAUGCUAAAGCAGCUAAAGAGAAAGCAGACGCGGAGAAGGCCGAGGCUGAGGCUGAGAAGGCCAGACAAGACGCUGAGAAAGCUCAACAAGACGCCGACAAAGCCAAAUCUGACGAAGAAGAGAAGGCACGUCUUCAGCGAGAAGAAGACGAGCGGCUUGAGCGUGAGAUCGCCGAGAUGGAGGAGCUCGAGCGACAGGAGGAAGAGCGCGAGCGGGCUUAUCAGGAGAAAAAGAAGAAGGAAGCGGAAGAGAAGGCUCGCAAAGAGGCCGAAGCAGCUGCCAACGCUGACGAGGAGAUGCGGCGUGCAGAGCGCGAAGCUGAAGAGGCCGAAGAAGCUCGGCAGAAGGCCAAGCCCGCCGAGAUUGAAAGUGAAGCGGACAAGGCCGAGAAAGAGAGUCUCUUCGCCUCCUUAAAGAAGCCUACUGUUGGCCCUGGAGCAACUGUGCCAUCGGAAAGUGGAGCCUCCACACCAGCAUCGGACGUGUCCAUGCCCCCUCCUCCACAGCCGGCACAACCCAAGCCGUUCGGUGCAGGAAAGAUGAAGCCGGCUGCACUCAAGCUUGAGACCAACAAGCAGAUUGAACCAGCCCAGCCGACCGCCGGCAUGCAAGCUCUAAGGUCUGCCCGCUUCCUCCAGGUCAGGAACGAGGAGAUCAACUAUCCCGAGAGCAUCAAGUCCCCGAACCCGGCUUUGAAUCAAGGGAGCAAGAGCAAAGGCCGACAGUACGACAAGGACUUCUUGCUUCAGUUCCAGGAAGUCUUUAAGGAGAAACCUGCCGUUGAUUGGGAUCAAAAGAUCAAGGACCUUGUCGGGGACGGCUCGGAAUCUGCACGAACACCGUCAACAAGGGGUACAAUGAGCACUAGGCAGGUUUCUCGGCCGGCCAUGCCUCCGUCUGGCUUGGCGCAAGGUCCUAUGGGCAGUUUCCAAGGUGGUCGGACUAUCCCUCCUGGCACCACGUCGGAACAGCGGUUCGCUAUUGCCUCCAAUCAGUCGCGCCCUGCACCUAUGACCAAUCCUCUCGCCUCGUUCGCCAACCGCCCAGCUGGUUUCCCGAUGGGUGGUCCUCCAAUGGCGCGUACUGCAUCAUUCCAGAGCAUGGGUCAGGCUGGGCCUCCCUCUCAACGACAGGGCAGCCAGCGUGGUAGCAGCCGACGUAACAAGCCCGAUUCUUCGAAGAACAAGCGUGAGGAGGAGCAGGCCGCUAAGACCAUGCCCCUGACAGCGGGUAUGGACUUGAAGCCACUGGAGGUUUCGAAGGUGGGCUGGAAGCCAACCAGCAUCGGCAGCGGUCCUACAGGACCAGCCCUACCUGGUGGUCACCUCACUCCAGAUCUCGUUCAGCGAAAGGUCAAGGCUGCAUUGAACAAGAUGACACCGGAGAACUUUGAUAAGAUCGCCGGACAAAUCCUCGAGAUUGCUGCCCAAUCCAAGGACGAGACCGACGGCCGUACCUUACGACAGAUUAUCCAGCUCACCUUCGAGAAAGCCUGCGACGAAGCUCACUGGGCGUCCAUGUACGCCAAGUUCUGCCAACGCAUGCUUACCAGUAUGAGUGGGGACAUUAAGGAUGAGACCGUUAUCGACAAGAACGGCAGACCCGUUGUUGGAGGUGCUCUCUUCCGUAAAUAUCUCCUCAACCGAUGUCAAGAGGAGUUCGAGCGCGGUUGGGAAGUCAAUCUACCCGACAAGCCCGAGGGACAAACCGAAGAAGCCGCUAUGCUCUCCGACGAGUACUACAUCGCUGCAGCUGCCAAACGGCGAGGCCUUGGAUUGAUCCAGUUCAUUGGUGAACUGUACAAGCUUGGCAUGUUGACUCUGCGUAUCAUGCACGAGUGUGUCUUGAAGCUCCUGAAUUUCGAGGGUAUGCCCGACGAGUCGGCAGUCGAGAGCUUGGUCAAGCUGCUUAGGACAGUCGGAGCCACCAUGGAGAAUGCAGAAAACGGGCCGAAGAUGAUUUCGAUGUACUUCGACCGGAUCGAGAAGAUUAUGGCUAUCCCAGGUCUACCGAGCCGGCUGCACUUCAUGCUUCUGGACAUUGUCGAUCUGCGGAAGCGUGGAUGGCGGUCCAAGGAUGACAACAAGGGCCCGAAGACCAUCCAAGAGAUCCACGAGGAGGCCCAGGCUGCUCAACAGGCGGCCGAGCUCGAGCGGCAACGUACGAGCCAGCGCGGCGGCGGCGGCGGAGGGCGGCUUCCCAUGGGUCGUGGCGACGCCAGGUCGUUCUCUGGCGGUGGCAUGAUGCCGCCCCCAGACUAUCCUCGCAACCAGAUCGCCAUGGACGACUUGCGAAAACUGUCUAAGGGCGCUUCUGGACGCAAUGUCAGCCAAGGAGCCGGCGGGCUCGGUCCGUCGUUCAUGGGCCCAAGGAGCAGCAGUGGCCGGAAGGGGCUCGGCCCUAGCAUGAUGCAACGGGGAGAGGAGUCAGGUGGCUCUUCCAGGACUGGCACACCUCCAGUCAAGGAGAAGGAAUCAACAUCACACACAAAUGCUUUCAGUGCGCUUGCAAGCCUAGACCCAUCAGGUGAAGGUGCUGACGACGUCGCUUCUCCCCCAUCGGCCGCCUCAUCGCCGCCAGUCGCGAAAUCCAUCCCAGCAGACAUCGGGUCACGCGCAAGGUCGCCUGCUGGUGAUGCCGAGAAGGCGAAUGAGGGCGCCGAUGUCGCCAAAGUCGAGGAGUCGUGA